AACAAGUGGCUUCCAAGGGGGAAAAGCAGAACAAAGGGGUUUAUCCACACUUUCUCACAGGAGCUGCUAAAGCAAAUACAGCAAAUAGAGGUUUCUCUUAUCUUGUUGGUUUGAGAGCGCAGAGGGGAGGAAGAUAAUGGCGAGCGUAUCUGGAGGAGUGGCUCUCUCAUGCCCAUCAAGGCUCUCUCACAGAUCCUCUUCUUCAUCUCGUCGCCGCCAUGUCUCUUCUUCUUCCGUCAAAAUGGCAGUUUCAGUUGAUGAGAAGAAGAAGAGUUUCACUCUUCAAAAAUCUGAAGAGGCCUUCAAAAUCGCUAAGGAGUUGAUGCCUGGUGGUGUGAAUUCACCUGUUCGUGCCUUCAAAUCAGUUGGUGGACAACCUAUUUUGAUUGAUUCUGUCAAGGGCUCUCACAUGUGGGACAUAGAUGGCAAUGAAUACAUUGACUACGUUGGUUCAUGGGGGCCAGCAAUCAUUGGUCAUGCUGAUGAUGAGGUACUGGCAGCCUUGGCUGAAACAAUGAAGAAAGGAACAAGCUUUGGUGCCCCUUGUCUUCUGGAGAAUAUUCUGGCCGAGAUGGUUAUAUCUGCUGUUCCAAGCAUAGAGAUGGUUCGCUUUGUUAACUCGGGUACUGAAGCAUGCAUGGGCAUGCUCCGCCUAGCCCGUGCCUUCACUGGCAAGGAGAAAAUCAUAAAGUUUGAGGGUUGCUACCAUGGCCAUGCUGAUCCGUUCCUUGUCAAGGCAGGCAGUGGAGUUGCAACCCUGGGGCUACCUGACUCACCUGGUGUUCCCAGGGCAGCCACCUUUGAAACUCUAACAUCACCCUUCAAUGACUUAUCAACUGUGGAAAAACUCUUCGAGGCAAAUAAAGGAGAGAUUGCAGCAGUCAUCCUUGAACCUGUUGUUGGAAACUCUGGCUUCAUAGCUCCCAAACCUGACUUCCUGAAUGCUCUCCGAGAAAUCACCAAAGAAAAUGGUGCUCUCCUUGUCUUUGAUGAAGUUAUGACAGGUUUCCGCAUAUCUUAUGGUGGUGCCCAGGAAUACUUUGGCAUUACACCUGAUAUAACAACACUUGGAAAGAUCAUCGGUGGUGGCCUGCCUGUUGGUGCAUAUGGAGGAAGGAGGGAGAUCAUGGAGUUGGUGGCACCAGCAGGCCCAAUGUACCAGGCAGGAACCUUGAGUGGGAACCCAUUGGCAAUGACAGCAGGCAUCCAAACACUAAAGCGGUUGAAGGAGCCAGGAUCAUACGAAUACUUGGAUAAAAUCACAGGUGAACUUAUUCAGGGCAUUUUGGAUGCUGGAAAAAAGGCUGGGCAUGCCAUAUGUGGUGGGUAUAUUAGUGGGAUGUUUGGGUUUUUCUUCACAGAGGGACCUGUUUACAACUUUGGGGAUGCAAAGAAUAGUGAUACAGCAAAAUUUGCAAGGUUUUUUAGGGGAAUGCUGGAGGAAGGUGUUUACUUUGCACCUUCCCAGUUUGAGGCUGGGUUUACUAGCUUGGCACAUACACCUGAAGAUAUCCAACAAACGAUAGCAGCAGCUGAGAAGGUUUUCCGGCAAAUUUAGAGCACUGAGCUCUGUUGCAGUUAGUUUUAGACCUUUUACUCCUUCCCUUGGUUGUUCUUUUUGUAGGCUAAAUGAAAUGGUUGUUCUUUUUGUAGGCUAAAUGGAACGGAUUUUUUGUAUGGUCUCUUUCUGUUGUGAUAAUGGCUUAUUUAAGCCUUUUUGUUUGUCUUGACGAUGUAUUGUAUCAUGUACUCUAAAUAACCGUGGAGAGCACAUCCCUACUCCGUUUCCCCUCUUAGAGCUCUUCCUAUGGCCUGACAACAAGGAAUCUCUUGUCUAAUUUCUUUUUUCUCUAUUGGACUGUUUGUUUAUGGAUUCCAAUAAUUAAUGGACCAAAUCGAUUGAUGUA